UCCCUAAGCUGUUUAUUAAUUCCUACUUUAAUUAUUUUCUAAAGAGAAUUCUUAAUUUUUCAUAUAUGCAAAUGGCAUUAUAAUAUUAUAGACCCAACAAUGGAGAUCGAAGCGAUUGAGAACGACUUUAAUUGCAAAUUACUUAAAGUCCCAAAAAUGUUUAUGCUGAUUUCGGGUUGUUGGAGAUUUCAGUUUACUAAAUCCCAACUUUUACAGAAGCUUUAUCACAGAUUGUAUUCGUUGACUUGUCAAGGUAUUUGCUUAAUAUUACUGAUAUGUAUGGCCAUUCGAAUACCGAAUUUAGUAAAUCGGGAUGCCAGACGAUUUGUAGAAAACGUAGGAUUUAUGACGACUUUCUCGCUUGUUGCUACCAAGUUGGUUAUAUGCCGGAGUUCUACUGUCGGGGAUUUGGUGUCUAGGAUUAUCCAUGAGGAAAAGGCCUUGUACCUUAAAGGGAAUCCUAAGAUCAUAAGUAACUACAAUUACCACAUAAAGCUCACAAAUAAAGUUCACGUAAUACUACUCCUAGCCAUAUAUAGUGUAUGUAUAAUUGGCAUUUUACCAUACUUUGUUAUAUACCUUCGAAAUGAAUCUCAGACGGAAUUAAUUAUUAAUCAAGGCAAUAUCACAGGUGAAGUUUCAUCGGAAAAAAUACUGCCAAUAGAGAUGUGGAUGCCGUUUGACCAAAACAACCAUUACGGCAAAACCAUUGUUAUCAUGUUCAUUUUUAUUUUUACUCAAACCACUUUCAAUUCAGUCAGUCAAAUUCUGUAUAUCUCUCUUAUGAUAUAUGUUAUAGCCGAGUUAAAAAAUUUGCAAAUUAUUGCGAGGAAAUUUGAUUUGGAAGUAUCUGGUGAGGCAGAAUCUCUGGCUAAUUUAAAAAGAUUGAUAAUAAGACACCAAAAAGUCAUUAAAUUUGUAGAUGACUUAAAUGAUGCGAUCAGAUAUGUUAUGCUACAAGAAUAUUUACUAAAUUCACUAAGUAUUGCUAAUUUGAUGUACCAAAUUCCCAACUCGCUAAAAACUUCAAUCUUGUUUACCAUUUUUUACAUUGACUUUUUGAUUGUCCUCGUCAUACAACUAUUCUUCAUGUCCUGGCAUGCAAAUGAAAUACAAGUACAAAGCCUUAAGUUAUCAGAUGCCCUCUAUGACAGCAACUGGUACCAACAUUCUCAAAAAGUUAACAAAACCAUUUUGCUUUCAAUGAUAAGAUUUCAAAAACAACUAGUUAUAUGGAUCGGACCAUUUUUACCUAUGAACCUUAGUGUUGCUAUAGCAAGUAUGAAAGCUGCAUACUCCUAUGUGACUAUGAUGAGCAGAUUUUCUGAAUAAACACUUGACCUAUUUAAACAAUUGCUUUAGUGCACAAAUGUCAGCAAUAAUUUUUAUGUAGAACACUGCAUAUGAGUAUUUUGAAAUAAUGAGUUAUUUUACUGGUCAAAAUUCAGGAUGAAGUAAAUCAGGGAAUUUAAUGCUUCAUUUAACUCAUUAUCACACCUUUUCAUCCUUUGUCUAUUGCACUGACUCACCUUUAUUUAUAUCUACUUUUCAGAAUAUAUUUUAUCAUCAUAAGCAAAUAAAUAUUGCAAAUAUAAUACAGAGGCAGAGAUGCAGGCUGACUUUCAUUUUUCAAUUACCAGUAUAUUUUUUUCAGUAUUGUUUUCAAAGCACAAUAGUGAUUAAAAACUGUUUCACAUAAACAAGGUUCCAGUUUUUAGAAAUAGCUAAUCUAUAGAAUUAUAUAAAUUACCGUAAGUACAUGCACUUAUCACAAACAAAGUGCACUUAAUUGUAUUGUUGAAAGGUCAUUUUUCUUUAUUAGAAAAGGGAUAAAAAACUGAUUAGUAUGUUGUUGUCUAAUUGCGAUUUUUUUGUUGAUGAGUUCUGUGAAAUUUAAUAUGGACUUUUCAUAAUAAGCCUAAAAAUGGUUAUUAAACUUUUCCUAUGAAUAUUUCUGAGGGCAACAUUCACAUAAUAUUGCCCAAGAUCUUUACGAACAUCUGACAACACUGUUAUGGAGAUAAUAGGGACAAUUUAAUAGGAACCUGCACAAAUUAGGAGAACUAGGAAUGACUGCCUUAUAUAUUUAGUUGUGUCUUAAGGU